AUGUUUGGUGAUCCUUUAUCUGCUUCAUACGACAUUAUUAACUUUCGAAGUAGAUCAGCCACAGAAGGAGCUCGUAAAAAGAUUCGGAUUGGAGUCUGGGAUAGAGAAGGCACGCCUAGACUCAAUUUAAAUGUCUCGGGAUUACAAUGGAAAAGCCUCUCGACUCAGUUUUCGUUCUGUUCCUCAGAGUGCUUGCCUGGCACCAGAAAAGAAAUCACCGAGCCAUGCUGUUGGGAAUGUAAAAAGUGUCUACCUGGAACUAUCAGCACCGACAUUGGAUCCACCACCUGUACAAAGUGUGAUCCAGAGACAAGGUCAAAUGAAGGGCACACUGGGUGUGAGAAGUUACCUAUUGUGAACAUCACCUUCACAACCGCCACUGGAAUAAGUAUUACAUUGGUGGCUUUCGUUGGAAUCAUCCUCACAUUGUUAGUCUGCGGCACUUGGGUCAAGUUUUACAAUACCCCAAUCGUGAAGGCUUCAAGCAGGGAAAUCUCUCUUCUCUUGCUGUUUGGCAUUUCAGCAGUUUUUAUUUUAGCCGUCCUUGAACUUGCAGAGCCCAGCAAAUCACUUUGCACUGCAGCGACAUUCUGGCGUUAUUUCGCUCUCAAUAUUUGUAUUACGGUCCUCUUUUUGAAAACGAUGCGAAUCGCAAGUGUUUUUGAGGUUGACAAAGUUGCGCAGUUAUUUGCACCGUGUUACAAAAACCUAAAAACGCAAAUCGUCUUCCUUUUUGUUAUGAAUUUAACUGCGCUCUCUCUGUUGGCCCUGUGGAUCGUUCUGGAUCCUCCAAGGCGUAAAAAGAUCAUCCGCUCAGAUGAGUACAUCUUUCUUGUUUGCAAACCUUUCGACACAAACAUUGGUCUUGCACUGUUCAUCACAGUCUGUAGUUACACCUUAAUUGUGGCUCACUUGUGUACAUAUUACGCUUUCAAAACAAGAGGAAUUCCCGAGAACUUUAACGAAACAAAAUACAUAGGAUUCUCUAUGUACAUUCUACUAUUGUCAUCAAUAGCAUAUUACCCUGUGGCGUUUGCUUUUGACAGCUGGUACGUAACACUCGUAUCAUGCACUACGGCGUUAAUAACUUGGUUUGGCUUGUUGGGCUGCAUGUUCGGACCAAAACUCUUCAUUCUUCUCUUCCGUCCCCAGCAAAACUCCAUGCAAAGCGUCAGGUCGCAGGUGAUGAAUUUCUCAUUUAAUAACGUAACGGCAACAAGAGUUUUCCUUGCUCCGAUCGAUGAGGGAGUGCCCAACGUUGCUCUGGAGUGA